CCUGGGAUAUCCUACAGCCACCCCAAAGAGGCCAUGGAGCCCGGUGGCGAUGGUGCCAAUGCCAGCUCCUCUGGGCUGGCCCUGCAGAACCGCCCCAACGGCAGUACGCAGUUCACUGGGGUUCAGCUCAUCCAGUCCUUCAAGCCCCUCAUCAUCCCCUGCUAUGCCCUGGUGGUCCUGAUUGGCAUCUUCGGCAACUACCUGCUGCUCUACGUCAUCUGCAAGAGCAAGAAGAUGCACAACGUCACCAAUUUCUUCAUUGGGAACCUGGCCUUCUCGGACAUGUUGAUGUGUGCCACCUGCGUGCCCUUCACCCUGGCGUACGCCUUCAAUCCGCAGGGAUGGAUUUUUGGGAAGUUCCUGUGCUACUUUGUGUUCCUGAUGCAGCCCAUGACAGUCUAUGUCUCUGUGUUCACACUCACGGCCAUCGCAGUUGAUAGGUACUAUGCCACCGUGCACCCCCUGAAGAAGCGCCUGUCGCUCACCAGCUGCAUCUACGUGGUGGGGGCCAUCUGGCUGCUGUCCUGUGCUCUGGUGGCCCCUGCUGUGGCCCACACGUACCACGUGGAGUUCCAGCAGCAGGGCUUUGCCAUCUGCGAGGAGUUCUGGAUGGAGCAGGAGGAGCAGCGCCUGGCCUACGCCUACAGCACGCUGAUUGUCACCUACAUCCUGCCUCUCUCUGCUGUCUCCCUGUCUUACCUCUGCAUCUCUGUGAAGCUGCGGAACCGCGUGGUGCCCGGGCAUCCCACGCAGAGCCAAGCUCAGUCUGACCGCUUGAGGAAGAGGAAGAUUUUCCGCCUCAUCGUGCUGGUGGUGGCUGCUUUCGGGGUGUGCUGGCUGCCCAUCCACGUCUUCAACAUCAUCCGUGACAUCGACAUCGACCUCAUCGACAAGCAUUAUUUCCUGCUCAUCCAGCUGCUGUGCCACUGGUUUGCUAUGAGCUCCGCCUGCUGCAACCCUUUCCUCUACGCCUGGCUGCAUGACCGCUUCCGUGGGGAGCUGCGCAAGAUGUUCUCCUGCGAGCCACGAAUCCUCCCAGCCAGCCACUGUGCUGCUGCUGUGCUCUGA